UUAGUGGUCCUCGUUAGAAGACUUAAAUGCAGUACAUCUAACUUGAGUGUCGCUAUAACCUAGGCACUUAAACAGCUUUACAGGGGUAACAAAGCGAGAUCUGCCUUUAGCUUCUACCACCGGCCACUACGCUCCGGUCCCCCCCUGCGGAACAGCGCGACGCGGGGCUCAGCCCUCCUCCACAAGAUGGCCGCCGCCGCCGCUGAGGGGAGCCGCGCGGCGCGCCGCGGGGACGGCCGGCCGCCGGCGGCGCCCGGGGCAGGGCCGCGGAGCGGCGGCGGCGCCAUGGGGGUGGCUGUCGGCGGUGAGGACAGUGACAGCAGCGUGACCAUGGUGGAGGGCUCUGUGACGGAAAGCGAUGUGGAAGAGGAGUUCUGUUGGAGGAGAUGGUUGCCUUUUCUUAGUGAGAAGAUGACUUUAAACACUGAAAUAAUUAAUCAAGGAGCUGCCUCCCCAGAAAUAUGUUUUAUACAGAAAUUUUCUGAUCACACAUAUAAUCAGAAGGAAGAACAAAUAAAUCCAACACCUCAAGAAGCAUACGCAUCUGACCAGUGUCAGCAGGGUUGUCUAGCACUUACUGAAAGUAGUUCUGAGCCUGAUUUUUCACUACAUGCUUCAGUAGAGGAACUGCAAAAUAAUUCUGCAGAUACUGGAUUGAAUGGAUUUCAGGAAGAUUCGGAAGAACAGCCUGUGGGUGAUCAGCAGAGAGAGAAAGUAGUUUCAGAUUACUGGGGUGCCACUCCUAGUGAAAAGCAAACCGGUGAGGGAAGUCCACAUUCAGUGGAGGCUGCAGCAUGUGCAUAUACAGCCCAAACAACAUCAAGUAAAGAGAUGCAGUUAAGGGAGACCUCCUCAAGAAGUUACAGAAAUCAUGUUUCCAGUCAUCACCAAAUACUAGAAGACACUCAGCAGAGGAUGUCUUACAGUGACAGUACAACAAGAAACAAAGCUAAGGAUUUUGAUGAAAUUCAGACAUCUACUUCUAAAGACAAGCAGGAUCUAGAAAUCAACAGAUGCCAAAAAUUAAUUCUGAGUGAGGAUGGAAAACCUGAGCAGAGAAGAAGGAGCAAGAGAAUCGAAAACAGACAGAGACAAGAACCCUUUAGUAGGAAUUCUGUAAAUCCUGUUUGCCACAUUUCACUUUCACUAAUCAAUAGGAGGAAUAUUUAUGGUGAGACCUUACUGCAUAAAGCUGUUGUUCAUCAGGAUGUAAACCUUGUACGUAACAUAAUAAAAGCCGGUGGAAAUGUAAAUGUUCAGGAUUAUUCUGGCUGGACUGCACUACAUAAAGCAAGUGUGGAAGGCUUUUAUGGGAUAGCAAAUGAACUUUUGAAAGCAGGAGCUGAUGUUAAUGCUAGAGGAAAUGAACAAAUAACACCAUUGCAAGAAGCAGUUGAAGAAGGCCACUAUAAGGUGGCAGAGUUAUUACUUUGGUAUGGAGCUGAUCCCUUAUUAAAAAAUAAGAUGGGAAGGUGUGCAUUAGAAGAAGUUUCUGACUCGUCUAUGAGGAAACUGCUUAAAAGCUAUGUAGAAAAAUUCAGAAGACAUUCAGUGUCAGUUGGAGAUGAUUCAACGAAUAUGUUAAAUACUCAAAGUGCAGAGGAUACAAACCUGCACCAGAUUGUGGAAAAUAUGCAGAAAGAAACCUCCCAGAAAACAGAUGAAGGAGUGUUUGCUGAAGUAAGUGGAACAGAAGGCACUGAAAAAAAUGAAGAAGGAAAUGCAGAGACCGAUGUUCUUUCACAGUUUACUGAAACAGAAGAUGUCCAAACAAAAAGAGUAAGAUUAGACCCUCAGGAGACAAGCCAAAAGGCAGCCUCCUAUUCCAGUAGCAGCAAAAUCAAGCUUUCAUCUAAUCAAUCACAAUUCAAUCAAUCAUCAGAACAACAAGCAUCCGAGAAAUCAGAAUUAUCCCUGUCUACCAGAAAAGAAGAUCUGAUUGGUACCUGUAAUACAAGAGCUGGGAGAAAGAUGAACAAGAGAAAUGCAAAAGGGGAGACCCGGCUGCAUAUUGCUGCUAGGAGAGGAGAUUUGUCUUUGGUGAAAACUCUGAUAUCAUCUGGAAUUUGUGUCAAUGAACAGGACUAUGCAGGUUGGACAGCAAUUCAUGAAGCUUCCAAUAGGGGAUUUACUGAAGUGGUCUUAGAAUUACUGAAAGCUGGUGCUAAUGUUAACAGCAGAAGUCUGGAUGGUAUUUUGCCAAUACAUGAUGCUGUUUCUGGCAAUUAUUUGGAGGCAGUCAGGACUCUACUACAGCAUGGAGCGAAUCCCUGUGAGAGAGAUGGUUCAGGGAAAAGUGCUUUGGAUGGAGCUUGUGAUGAUGAAAUGAAAGAAUUGCUGAACUCAUACAGCGCUAUGGACUCUGUACUCCCUGUUGAGACUACUGAAGUUACAAAUGUGUAUAUCCCAAGGCUAUCUCAGGUGGAAGAUACUUUGAAUGAAAUGCUUGCAAAAGAGAGAACAGAAAGGGCUACCCUUGCUAAAAAAUACAGGGCUUCAGUGGAAUCUUUGAAAAAAAGAGCAUCAAGGAAGCAAUUAGUUAACCUUGCUUCUAGGCAAAAAGGUCUGUUGAUUGUCUCCCAAACCCAGGAAAAAUUAGUCCAGAAGAUAAAAAAUUACAGAAAAACAAAACAAGUGUCUGAUGCAUUGUGUUCAGAGAAGCAAAGCUCAAACUUAGUUAUUUCCCAUGGAAAUGAUAAAAGACAAAGUUCAACUGCUGAUGAAAUCAUGUGUCUUGAUGUAGUUACAUUUGGUAUGGGGCUUGGUGCCAGCGUGCCUAAUGGAAACAGAGUAGAACCACAUCUCUCUUCAGAAAAUAGAUUUUCAGCUCAGGAAUGCAGCCAACAUCCACACAUCUGCUUUGAUGAGAAAGGAGCAAAUAAAGAAGCAAUUAGAAGGAAAGAGGCUUCUGAUCAUGCUUUGGCAUCUGAAAACAGUGUAAGAGAAUAUCCCUUCAACAUGUCAAAGCUGACAAAUGCUGUAGAAGUGGUGACGUUCUCUUCAGAACCUACUGUUUCCACUGCUAAAACAAAGCGCUCACAGCAAAAAGACAUUGAUUGUGUAGUAAUUGCAGAACAAGGAAACAAGUCUUUAUAUCCCACUUCAGUGACCAGCGCUUUAAAUGUUGUAGAACCCCAAAGUGCUGUUGUCAAUAACAAUGUCUGUCAACCAGGCAGUGACUGCCAGCAAGGUCUUACAGAUGAGGAUCUGCACAGAUAUGUAAAUAAGAAAGAAGCUUUCAAGCAACGGCAGCAGCAACAAGUAAUUUUGUCAACAUCUACAAAGAACUUCCCAAAUACUCUGCAGCAAAUGAUCUUUCCCAGUAGUAAGAACUCACUUAAUACCAACUUGGUGCUUACAGAUCAUACCUCAAAUACUGAUUAUCCUGUAAACCUCAGUGAGGAAUCUUCCCAGAGCUACAGUAAUCAGGAAUGUGAGCAAAAACAAGUGAGGUAUAGAAGAAAAAAUAGCAAAAAUCUUCAAUUGAUAGAUCUACUUGAAUUGGGAAGGAUUAAGCCAGGAGAAAAUGUCUUAGAAUUCAAACUGCAGGAAUUUAGUUAUAAGGCCACGCUCUUAAACAGUGGCAAGAUCAGAACCAGUAAGAGACAAAUACUGUGUAAUCCCAUUCAGUGGGUUAAAGACCUACUAGGAAAUGAUAUUUCUGUGACACGGAAGUAUGUGUGGAAUAAGGUUACAUAUCUUGGGACACAGCUGUCAAAAUUUCUUUUUGAAGAAGCGUCAGUUUAUAGUGACCUGGAAUUACCAUCACAAGAAAGAGAGACUACUUCGGGCACUUCUGUCCAGUUCAACUCAGUGGAAAGCCUGACACAUUUUCUUCAAUUCCAUGAGAAAGUAAUGGUAUGUAAAAAGGAGUUUCUACCAUGCCAUCUAAUGGAAAAGCACUGGAAUUUCUACAAAGGAUGUGAAGAUUUUGGAUUCUAAAAACUUCUUGAGUGAUAACAUUUUUUUCCUUUAUCAUCACUUAAAAGUAGAUAUUUAAGGUUUUAGAACUAAGUGCUUUGUUACUGUCAUUUUGAUAAAUCAUUUGCUGGGCACUUGGAAUGGACUGAAGGAUUGUUUGGGUAAAUGAGGAACAGGGGAGUACUUUGUAGCAGGUGAGGAUAACUGUCUAUAUUGAAUUUUGCACUGUGAGAUUGAGAAACGGGCAAGUAGAUGAGGACUGUUACACACUGGUGGUUAUUGUUAAUUAUAUUCCAGGUUGAUAACUUUGUAUGAAAUUCCACUGAUUUCAGUGGCUGCCCAUGCUUGAUGGGGCUGCACAGAACCAGAUAGGUGUGGGCACCAGUAGUCACUUCCAACACCUAAGCCUGGAACUGCUCUGCCUGAGCAAGUGAUAUCAGAAAUGGCAGCACAUGUUUGUGUAAUAACAUAAGCUGUUAGGUUAGGCAAAAAAAUCAAGAUGGGCAGCAUUGAAAAUCACCAGCAGAUUUGCUUUAUGUGGUGUGAAUAUAUACGAACAUUUGAAAAGGGGACGGGUGCUGGGAGAGGUUAAAAGAGGAAUCUGAGACACUGGAAGUGAUCAGGGAGAUUCCAUUCAUGUUCCUGCCAAGCCUGAUAGACAGAAAAUGUGGUGGCAUAUGGCAGUAAAUGCAGUUAGCCCGUUUGUGGAACACAAAUUUUUCCAUCUAACAACAUCUUAGAUAUUCACCCCGAUCUCUGGAGGAUUUCUAUUUGUUUUAAUUUUACAAAGUGUGAAUCUGCCUCAGUAGCAUAUUUAUAACACAUUUGACUGUUAUGAGAGUUAUCUGCAUUCAAAUGGCAUUCUUGCUCUUUCGUUCUCUGGAUUGUAAGAAGAGAUGAAAUAAUAGCACCUGCUACUCCUAACUCCAGUGAAUGGGAUGAGAAAUAUCUCCUGUCAGUACAUAACAACCCCAGCUAGCUAUUUGGAGUGCGAAGAGCUGUUCUGCAGAGAUUUGAUUAGUGUCUUAAACAGAAGGUAGUUUAGGGAAGAGAGAGGGGUCUGAUGUGCAGAGAGCUAAUGCUGUGCCCUAGGAUGUAUGAGCUAUCGUAGCCUGAUGGGCUGUAAGGAUAAAGAAAUGCAAACUGCCUGGAAGUCACAGGAGUUAAAGGCUACUGAGUGACAGGUAUUUUGUAAAGGUCACUUUCCACACAGGGAGAAAAUUGAGCGGUCUCACAGCUGCAGCAGCAAAACAAGCCUGAAGGCAUAUUGGUUUAAAGGAAAUGUUCAUUCAAAUAUUGCAGUUCCACUUUCACUGAAAAGUGAAAGACUUGAAUGUGAAAAUGACUACUGAAUUACUUACAUUUGACAUUUUUUCUUUGUUACAAGAUGUCUAAUAAAGUCAAUGUGUAAAAACUGGGAGGAUUUGACAGUAAUACUUUUAGGCCAUUACAUUAACGUGAUUAUAUGACUAAGACAAUUCUAAGACCAAGCAACAAAAAAUCUGAUUGGUUCAAGCUGGGCAAAGAGGUGAAAAUGCAAAGUGUUAUAUGAAAA